GCUAACGUAACCAGGUUUAGUGAACGGAUGUGCAGUAACCAAGAACAAAUUCCACGUUAGCGUUUUUGUUAUUUAGACGUUUAUUGACACCGUGGAACUCCAAAAUAUGACACAUUUAACCGCGCAGUAGCAGCACAUACUUGCCUCGGGUAGUCUUUAAUUCGCGUUGGAGACGGAACUUGGUUGAUAUAUGUUAUCUAGCUAGCUGCUAACAACAAUGGCGGACUGUAUGGUUUUUCACACUCAAAUAGCCUCCAUCAUGGAGAUGCUAGCGAAUGCAGCUGUGGCAGAGAUCUGUAAACUCGUAGACGACGACUAUGCAGUGUUUCGUUUGGAAAUAACUCAAAGCCAGAAAGAAAACAGGGGGUUGCGGAGGAAACUACAGCUAUUGGAACUGAAGGUGGCACGGGAGCGCGCAGAAAGGACAAUACGAGAGCGCGUCCUCGCCAGUCGCCCUAGUAGUGUGAAAAUCCUCGACCGAUACAGAGGAAUGGCAAGAGGUGAAGGACAUCUCGCUGGAGGCCACAGGAGCUUUGUGAAGCCAGCGGGACACAAUACAUGGAGAGAUGACCAACCAAUCACUGUUGAUGAGGGUAGUGGAACCUCAACCCAGCACGUUAUUGUGAUAGAGUCUGCAGAUGCAGAGGCUGCAGGUCCUGGGGUUAAGCUGGAGAGGUCUGAAGGAGAGGAGGACACACAGCACAGCAGAGACAUCCAGUCUGGAGCAGUGGCUGGAGUGGCGCACCCUGUAGUCACGGAAGACCUCGCCACCGCUGCAGCGCCCCAGACCAGGACCGGACGCAGCAUCACGGAGGAGGAAGAGGGUCCAGAGAUGCUGCUGGUGAAGGAGGAGGGCUGUGAGGAGGGUCUGGGGAACCCAGAGGGGACCAUGGUCAUGGAGGACAACCAGACUACACCUCCUUCUGAACCCACAGAGGAACCAGCUGAGCAACACAGGACCACACACAGUCUCGCUGAGUCAGUAGACAUGGAGGAUGGGAAGCCUGAUCUGCUGCUGGUCAAAGAGGAGACAAUAGAAGACAGACCAGAGAGCAUUGACCUGCUGAGUGGACUAAAGAUGGGGGUGCAAGAUUGUUGGCUGGAGGAUAACAGAGGAGACUGGGCGGCCAUCAUGGAUUCCCAGACCGGUGCAGGCAAGGGCCCAGUGGACAACAUCACCAAGCAGGCCAGGACCAGAGGUGACAUAGUGGAGGUCAGUGGAUGGGACAGCGUCCUCAACUCUGGGCUGGGGAACAACACUGUUAACCACAAUCAGAAACAGACAGUCGAACAAAAAACAACAUCUGAACUUAGUCUCCAUGGCAACAGACUGGCUGAGACCAGGGCGAGGCGUAGAUUUGGUCUCCAUGGAUGUGGAGGUGUCCGUAUACGGCUGGAGAGAACAGACACAGACUCGGCUGGCGAUGCUCCAUCCUGCUACUAUAGUUGUGAUUCAGAGAGACUGAUGGCACCUCCGGUUAACCCCCUAACAGGUGCUGCCUUCAGCCUGCCUUCUAUAGGAUCUAUCAACUGGAACAUUGACCCUGCGACAACACAGACACUCCCUGGCCUUAAUCCUCCUCACACUCUCCUAAUGUUAAACCAGACCUCAGACAAUGCCAGUGUCUCAACACCAAAUGGCAACACAAGCCCAUUGACAAAUGACAGUAGUAGAGACAGAAUCAGUAAAGGUGGCAGCGCCAAAGAGAAGCGCUUCCCGUGUUCGUUCUGUGGGAAAGCCUUCAGUUUCCCCAAUCAGGUGAAGAUCCAUCAGAGGAUGCACACGGGGGAGAAACCAUUCGGCUGUCACUUGUGCGGGGACAGCUUCUCCUAUUUAUCUAGCCUGAAGAGGCACCAGAGAGUCCACACAGGGGAGAAACCAUACAGCUGCCCCCAGUGUCAGAAACGGUUCUCCCACCAGCACCGCUUGAAGAUACACCUGAAGAUCCACACGGGAGAGAGGCCAUUUGCCUGUACGCACUGCGGGAAGAGGUUUUCAGAGAGGAGCUACCUCAGGAUACACCAGCAGAAAAUGCACACGGCCCAUGUAUAGAUUAUUGUGACAUGUAAUGUAGCUAGUUUGUUUGUAGUUAAUAGCUAGUUUGUUUGUAGUUAAUUAUGUUGGUUGUGGAUGUAUAAGGAACUGGAUGAGGUGAACUGAGGAAAGAAUGAGUAUGAUGAGGCAGAGUAGAUGAUAUGGUGUCUGUAAAAAUGCUUCAAUGAUGAAAAGGUUGAUAUUGGUAUGUUAUUAUGAAAUAAUGAUAGUGCCUUAAUUCAUGUUUACUUGUCAUGAAGUAGUGAAGAUGUGCGUAAUGUGAUGUUGAACCUUUUCCAAAGUCUUCUAAAAUUAAUUUGAUCAAAGCGAGUCCACCAGAUUUAAGGAAAAAGGUAAUGAGAAAAGUUAUUCUACUUGUCACAUGUAUUGUUUUGCGUAACAAAAGUACUGUACUUCAUGUUUGGUGAGUAUAUGCCCAUGUUGCUGAAA